AUGACGAAUGUGCUGGCACUCGGCCAGACGGUCGAGCUUAGCGAUGGCCGAACAGCCAUCGUCCGCUUCAUCGGCCGCACCGGUUUCGCCCAAGGUGACUGGCUAGGUGUUGAGCUCCCCGACGACUCUGGCAAGAAUGACGGUAGCGUCCAGGGCGAGAGGUACUUUGAAUGCGACAGCAACCAUGGAAUGUUUGUUCGCCCGAGCACAGUUUGUAUUGUUUCCGAUGCGCCUGAGCCACCACCGGAACCGGCCAAGACGGCAGCCCCAGCGGCCAAGAAGCCGGCAGGCGGCAGGACAAGUAUGUUUAAUGGCGGUGGAGGAAUGACAGCCCGUGGCACCGGUGGUGACCCGAAUCUUGCACGAAGGAUGAGUAUGAAUGCUCCGAGUCCAAGCCCGGUACCUAAGACUUCCAGGCCGUCGAGCAUUGUAAGAUCUCCCACAAAGUCACCGACCAAGCAAUUCGCAACAGCACCUACCAGUGGAACCAGCACCCGGACAGGCACUCCUUCAAAUGCCACCGGCGGCAGGGCAGUCUCAAUGGGGGCCAAGGUUGCCAGGCCCGCCGCAGCCGGUGCGACGCGAACAUCCAUGGGGCCGCCAUCACUACCAGCAUCUCGGACAUCCAGGCCCUCGUCAACCUCGAGUAGAGUCGCCUCUGGCACUUCGGGUGCUCCAACGAGGACCUUGAGCGGCCGCUCGUCCUUGGCGGGGGGAGCUCGCACAUUGGGAACACGCCCAUCGGUUGGAGCACGCGGCGGUGCAGCUUCAGGCCAAGCGCCUGGCAGGACGGCUGUGAAUAAGCGGGCGAGCGAAGACUCUUCGUCAUCUAAGGGAGAGCUCGAGAUAUUGUCACCGCAGCCCACAAGCCCCGUCAGGUCGAGAGCUGCUGCUCUGGAGAGGCUAACAGCGUCUCCUGCCGCUGCAGCUGCUGCCAAAAAGCGCCCCGCUGCUUCAGCGACCGCAACUGCAUCUGCACCCGUACCUGCACCUGCAGCUAACCGGCAGACCAACACAAACGCCGCGGCGUUGACUCGAGAAAUUGAGAAUCUUAAUUCGAAGCUGGCCAUUUUGGAGAGAAAGAGGGCAGAAGACAGGGAGAAGAUAAAGGAACUGGAGUUAGUUCAGGGAGAACGUGACAAGUAUCAUGCCAUCAUCCAGAAGCUUCAGGCAAAGCUUCAGCCUCAACAAGCCGAGCUUGCUGAGCUCCGAAAGCAACUAAAGGAGGCCGAGGCUAGGUUUGAAUCCGUAGAGAACAUGCAAAUGGAGCAUGACCAGGUGCUGGAGCUGGCAACGCUCGAUCGAGAAAUGGCCGAAGAAACUGCUGAGGUUCUCAAACAGGAGCUUUCUGACGUCAAGAUGAGACUGGAAGAGCUCGAGCUUGAAGUCGAGAUCCUCAGGGAGGAGAACGAGGAGUUCAAUAAGGGCAUAUCACCGGAAGAGCGGUCCAGCGCGGGCUGGCUACAGAUGGAGAGAAACAAUGAACGGAUGAGGGAAGCUCUCAUUCGGCUGAGGGACAUGUCACAACAACAAGAGAAGGAAAUGCAAGACCAGAUCAAAAGUCUUGAGCUAGACCUCAAGGAGGCUGGAGAUGUUCAAGCGCAGCUCGAGGCCGCCAAAGAAAAGCUAUCAACGUCGGAAAACGUGAUUGAGGAUCUCAGAUCUCAGCUCGAGACAGCUUUGGGCGCCGAGGAGAUGAUUGAGGACCUCACGGACAGAAACAUGUCGCAGGCCGAGAAGAUCGAGGAGCUCAAGGCUGAGAUUGAAGACCUCGAAAGCUUGAAGGAGAUUGCCGACGAGCUUGAAGCAAACCAUGUCCAACAUGAACGCGAGCUUCAGGAGGAGAUUGACUUCAAGAACGCUGUGAUCGCCGAGCAGGCGCGCAGGUUUACUCAGCAAGAGGAGAACAUGGAGGAGAUGGAGUACACCCUCUCCCGUUUCCGAGAACUGGUCACGAGCUUGCAGACAGAUCUCGAAGACAUGAGAGCAUCUAAUGCUGUCAACGAGACGGAAUCAGAGCAGCUCAACAGCAAAUCUCGUGCCAUGAUGGACCUGAACAUGAAGCUUCAGCUUUCCGCGUCCAAGGCCCAGGUCAAGACGAUAGACCUGGAGCUGCGUCGCAUGGAGGCGCAAGAAGCAGCACAGCAUCUGGAGAUUGUCAAGAUGUUCCUGCCAGAAACAUACGAUGCCGACAAGGACUCUGUCAUGGCGCUUCUAAGGUUCCGUCGCCUGGCAUUCAAGGCUAAUCUACUGAACGGCUUCAUUCGGGAGCGCGUCAAUAGGGACCCGCACCCAGGCCACGAAGACGACGUGUUUGCUGGUUGCGAUGCCGUCGACAAGCUGACGUGGGUUGCGGCUAUGUGCGACCGAUUUGUCAAUGCCAUCACUCACUGCUCCCUCGAACGCUUCGCUCGCUUUGAGGGUGCCCUGUACGAGCUGGAGCCUGUAGAGAGAGCACUGAACGCCUGGAUUGAUGGUUUGCGCCGCGACGAACUCAAGGAGAGCCAGUGUGCAUCGGAGCUGUCUCGUUCCCUUGCCUUGAUGACACACCUAGGCGAGGUCCACAUAGCCCCGGCUAACGAGGAUUUGAUGGCCUUCGCUGAUGACGUGCAUAUGCGAACGCAGCUCGUGCAGAGUCAUCUGGAGUCCGCAGCCUCGACAGUCCACGCCGUCAGGGCCAUGGUGCAACGCGUCAUUCCACCAGUUGGAGAGGACGACGAACUAGCUCAGCACUUUGCACGCAAGGCCGAGACUCUCAUUAGCCAGACCCGCAGCACCAAGGUGGUCGCCGGCAAGACCUUGAGAGCACUGGAGGAUAUGCGGGCACGGUCGCUCGCUCUAUCGCCCGAGACUUCGGCUGAGGCGUUUGAGCAAGCCGAGACGGCUGCUCGCGGCCUCGCCUCGCUCGCCCGGCAAAUCGGACUUGACCUUCACAUGCUACUCAGUCAGGAAGGACGGGAGGAGCCCUAUACAUACAUCGAGGUCCAAUCGACGGUUCACAGGACGGUGCAGGCUGUCACGGGCACGAGCGAGUCGGAUCUUUUCUCCGCCUACCUGACGCAGCUACGCCUUCUCUCCACACAGAUGAACGAUCUUGCCAGCCAGGCAAUGGACCUUGGUCAGACGCAAGAGUUUGAGAAGCCGCAAGCUCCGUGGAUCGUGCGGGCCCAGGAACUCAAGGCGCAACGGACAGCCCCGGCCGACGCCGAGGAGGAGAUGCGUCACCUGCGCGAAGAGUACAACGAGGCGCGUCGCCAGGUGGCUAUGCGCGAGGAAGGACUCAGCACGGCACAGGUCAAGAUCGAGACGCUCGAGGCCCGCAUGCGCGAUGCAAACACUAAGUCGUCGCGCAUUGCCGAGCUUGAGGCACACCUGGAGCAGCUGAAGCAGGUCGUGGCGUCGCGCGAAGACGAUCUUGUCAAGCAGGACCGCGAGGCCAAGGCGCUGGAGGCCGACCGUGACAAGUGGAAGAAGGCGGCCAGCGACGCGGCGCGCGGCGGCGCUGUGGCUGGGCAACGGGCCAACGCGGGUGCCGGUGUAGGACACGAACGAGCAGUUGCCACCGCUCGGCAGAUGGACGCACUCAAGGAGGAGAUUGAGGCGCUGCAGUCUGCCGUGCGCUAUCUCCGCGAGGACAACAGACGGGCCAGGACGACCGAGCAGGGCAUGCAUGACUGGCUUGCGGAGCCGCUCAGGCGCGAGCAACCCGUAUCAGAAAGGAGGAAGGCACUUGUCGCAGCCGAAGGCAAGGAUGCGCUGGCGGAGUUGCUGCGCAUGGCCGGCUCCGCGACAGUGUUCGACCUGUCCACACUAAAGAGCGAUGCCUCGGUAGGGAAGAACCUAGGCUCGUGGCGGCCUAUCAAGUCGACGCCCAGGUACCACGCGGCCAAACAAGCCGAAGACCUUGCGGUCUGGCGCAGUUGGCAGGACUCAGUCAAGGAAAAGUCACAUACAUUGUUGGUGCAGGAAAUGGCAGCAUCUUCAGCCCCUUCUGCUGCAGCCGCCCCCAAGUCGUCUGAGGCAGCCAGGGCGGCUCGAAAGGCAGCUGCGAGGCUGCAGAUUCGAUUGCCAGGUGCAGACGGCAAGAUGAUGAGUGGCGGUGGGAACGUGCAAAUCGUUGGGUCGAGGGAGUGGGAAGGUCUGCAAGGUCGACUUGCGGCCGUUUGA